UUCUCUUUGCACCAGCAUCAGGUUCACAAUGUCCUUCAAUUCGACACUUUAUUUCACAGCCGUUGAGGAAAUGUUCCAGGAUAUGCUCCAGCUGGAAGAAGCAGAAAGUGAAAACCAUUCUAAGAACGAGCUCGAAUCAUACAAUCUAACGCCUAAGCGCACGGUACGGAUACGUCAACAGAAUUUAUUCGGCAGGGAUUCCUCUGAUUUUGUCAUCUAUCGUCGGUCGCCCAAGAGGCUUCUGAACGGCUUGCCAGCUCACAACCCAGGACAAUCGUUGGAAACUUGUAAGGAUUUGCAGGGCCUCGAACUGUUGAGAUUGCGAAAGGAAAGAUCGGAGAAUGAACAGAAGCAAAAAUUGCAGCGUCAUCUAAACAUUAGAAUUUAAAAACAAGAUAACUAACGGAAGGUUAGUUUUAGUUUAAUCCAAAUCGCAGUGCUUCCAAACUGUAUGCUUAAGUUUGAUUUGUUUCAUUAGUUUAACUAGCAAUAAGUGUGCAAGCCAGGGAAAAUAUGUGAAUUCCACUAGAUCGAUAAA